AUGGCGUUGAUAGGAAGAGAAGUGAUACAAAUUAAGAGCAUUGAAUUGAUAGGCAAAAAUAAAUAUAAAUUAAAUGGUUUUGUAAGAGGUCAGCAAGGUACUGAAGAAUAUGCUCAUGUUGCGGGAGAAAAGUUCAUCUUGCUUGAUGACUCAAUUGUAUCUUUUGCAGUAACGCCAGGAAAGAAAUUUUUCCUUAAGGCAGUAACUUACGGUGAUUCAUUGGAAAAUACAGAAGCAAAAACCUUCACACUUUAGUGGUCAGAUACAAAAAGCCUCCACUUUAAUACUAAAAGCCAUUAAAGUGGAGGGGUUAUGCAUAAUAUGAACAUAUUAUAUACUAUAAAUAAAAAUUUUACAACUAUUUUUUUUAUUAAAAUUAAUCUCUAUAAGAAAUUAAACUUUAUAAAAAUCUAUUGAAUUUCCAGUCUAUAGCUCAAAUAUACAGGACCUAGAUAGAAAUGGUGCUAUUUUAUUUAAUAAAAACAUUAUUGUUUUAAUAUAUAAUAUUAAUUUUAGGGGGAAUUAUGCUGUAUGAAAAAUGGAAAGAAAUAUUAGAUGACAUAAGUGCCGCUCAAAAUUUAAGCUAUCAAAGUAUAAUUGAUAGAAUAAAAGAAAAAUUGAGUGCAGAAUAUCAAGAUAUAUAUGAAGGGUGGAAGAAAAGCGGAUUUAGUGUCAAUUACCCAUUUCCAUUUCAAAAUGGAGAUAUUCACAAUAAAUGCACAUUAUUGCACAUUUCUGCUUACUGUGGCUCAGGAGACAUAUUAAAUAUUCUAUUAGAAGAAAUAGAUCUUAACGCUGAAGAUGAAUAUAAAGCACUUUCUUUACAUUGGGCUGUUGGAAAUGAGCAUACAGAUUUAAUAGAGGUUCUAUCAGCAGCAAGAAAUGCAAAUAUUAAUGCUAAAGAUAAAGAUGGAGCAACUCCUUUACAUUGGGCUGCUAGCAGUGGCAAAACAAAUGCAGUGAGGAUUCUAUUAGAAAAAAAAGGUAUAAAUAUUAAUGCUGAAGAUCAAGAUGGAGCAACUCCUUUACAUUGGGCUGCUGAAAGUGGCCAUGCAGAUAUAGUAAAGAUUCUGUUAGAAAAAGGUGCAAGAGUUGAUGCUAUAGAUAAUAAAUAUAGAGCAACUCCUUUGCAUGGAGCUGCUCACAAUGGUCAUAUAGAUGCAGUACAGGCUCUAUUAGAAAAAUAUGCGGAUCCUUUAUUGCAGGAUGGAAAUGGUAAAAUUCCAAGAAAUUUGACUUGUGAAAAUGGUAUAAGACAUCUUUUGGAAAAAGCAGAAAAAAGACAACUUUUUAAACUAAUGGCAAUUAGUGUAACUGUAGCAACUGCUUUGAUGGCAGUGCGGAGUAUUGCAAAAGGGGAUGUUGCUUUUGGGGCAGUAUUUGUAACGUUAACAUUUGCUGUAUUAACACUUGGUGUUCUUGCAUAUAAAUCAUUUGAACGCAGUGCUGAUACUAGAAUACAUGAAAUACAAAUCGAUGGAAGACGUAAUAGUUUAGAAUUAAUCUGA